AUGUUGGACAUGGAACUGGAAAUGAUCAAUCAACAACAGGUUGGUGGUGAUACGAGUGAUCUUCAACGGAGGCUGACGGAGUUGCGCAAUGAAAUCAGUCUUCUUACUUCUUCUGACGGUAUGGCAAGACUCGAUUCCGGAAAAGGCUUUAUUACUGGUGUAGCUGGUCACUUGAGAAAUAAGAAGAUUCCUCGCAGUGCCACGUUAGAUAAAAGGCCUAGAGAUUUGUUGGUCUCAGGCUUCAUGUUCGAAGAGAGAGAUUUAAUCAUCGACCAUUUCCAAAAGUUCGGAGCACUGGAGGACAUUGAAUAUUUGCCGAACAAAGAAAAGAAUGCUGUCUCAAAAGCAAUUGUUCUUUAUCGAGCUAGAAAGGACGCUGAAGUUGCAUUUGCUCUUGGAAGUGAUUUUCUUGGCCGGAAACUGGAGAUUCAGUGGGCAAGCAGUGCCAGAGCUGCGCAACACGGAGCGGUGGAUGAGGUGUCAGCUGGUCAGGAGAUGUCGGCUGAAGCGAUACUUGCGUCGCUCGAUGAUGACUUGUCAGAAGAGGAAAAUCAGCUAAUCGACGAAAACGAUGAAGAGGAAAUAGGCGAAGAAGAGAGGGCUUGGAAACGGUGA